CCCCCGGUGUCGCGCCCGGUGCUCACCGGGCUCAGCACGCAGAGCCCCCCGCCCGGCAGCGUCGUGAGCAGAGCGGACACCGUGGUCAGCCUGGUGAAUAUGGUGGAGCAGGACCGGGACCUGUUCUCAGCCAAGCCCUACUGGAAGGAGUUCAGGUUCGACCUGACCCAGGUGCCGGCGGGGGAGGCCGUGACGGCGGCGGAGUUCCGCAUCUACAAGGGCCGGGGCAGCCCCAGCCACGGCAACAGCAGCCUCCACAUCAGCGUCUACGAGGUGGCUGCACUGCAUCCCGGCAGGGAGCCCGAGCUGCUGCUGCUGGAUGUGCAGGAGCUGCGUGCAGGGACAGAGGGCUGGCUGGUGUUCGAUGUCACAGCUGCCGGCAGCCACUGGUCAGUGCACCAGAAACACAGCCUGGGGCUGAGGCUCUGUGUGGAGUCCGAGGAUGGGCACAGCGUGGAUCCGGGCUCGGCUGGGCUCCUGGGGCGCAGGGGACCCCGCUCCAAGCAGCCCUUCAUGGUGACAUUUUUCCGGGCCAGCCCCAGCCCUGCCCGUGUCCCACGAGCGGCAAAACCCCCGAGGAGGAGGCAGCCCAAGAAACCCAACGACCUCCCCCACCCAAACAAGCUCCCAGGAAUUUUUGAUGAUGCGCCCGCCGCGGACGGGCGGCAGCUCUGCCGGCGCCACGAGCUCUACGUCAGCUUCCAGGACCUCGGCUGGCUGGACUGGGUGAUUGCUCCACAGGGAUACUCAGCCUACUACUGCGAGGGGGAGUGCGCGUUCCCCCUGGACUCCUGCAUGAACGCCACCAACCACGCCAUCCUGCAGUCCCUGGUGCACCUGAUGAAGCCUGAGGCUGUGCCCAAGGCGUGCUGUGCCCCCACCAAGCUCAGUGCCACCUCUGUGCUCUACUACGACAGCAACAACAACGUCAUCCUCAAGAAGCACCGCAACAUGGGCGACUCGGGGAGUGUUUGGGAUUUGCAGACAGGAUUUUCCUGUCAGACUCCCUCCCAGCCAUCCUUUCCCAAGCAGAUAAAAGCUCUGCUUACUUCCUAA